AUGAGUGACGAAGAAGAGGGCCGUCCAAAGAAGAGGCAGCGGAGAAGUAGUGCUUCGAGUCAAGCGAACCCAAUUCAACCAAAACAAGAGCCGCAAUUAGAAUCGGCAAAUCCAGCCCACAGUUCAUCCACCGCUGGACUCCCGCCCACACCCGACGCCACUCCUAAACGAUCGGCAAAUGUGGGAGAAUUGAAACGAAAGACUCAAACGGAACGGUCAGUUGUGAGUGACUUGACAAUUGCAUUAGGGUCACAAGUGGGGCACACUUCUUAUCAGCCCGGUCAGCAAUUCGCGUCUCCAUCCGGUGCAGUAGACCAGUCAACCCCCGCCCCCACUCCUACCGCAAGUACCCAAUACUCAACACUAUAUGACUUGAAUUUGAAUUUUGAAGAGGAGACCGGAAAAGAAACUAGUGGCCAAUCUAAUAGGUCGGGGGCUUCCGGUGAGACACAAUGGUCGCCCCCUCGCGAGCCGCGGGAUAGACUGGACGACGCGUUCACGUUUAUGGACGCGGGAGUGGUGCCGGAUGGAGGUAUUGGCAGCACAUCAGCUCAGCUCUGUGUCACUAGUGGUACCCAAGUGUAUCCCCAACAGUAUUUAGACCUAAAUGAUCACUGGAAAGCACUUUUAGAGAAAACCCGAUUGGAUUUACCAAAACUAUCGGAUAAUGGCUUUGAGAUUAACUUCACACCAGAGGGUCAACUGGGAGAGAAAGGGUCCCAAGGAGUUACAUACCGGGGUGUUUACAAUCAAAACAUCCUUCAAUCGAGUGUUAUGUUAGGCACUCGUAUGGACGGAGUAGCGCCCGAUCAGGCAUUUGCGGCCAAAUACGUGCAGUUUCGCCCACAAUAUGCUGAAAUGGAGCGCAUCAAACACGAGAAUGAGAGGCGUAUAUUGAAAGCACUCAAACAUCCAAAUAUUGUAUCGUUUAAAAUAGCCAUCAAUUUGGGUAAAAAGCGAUACUUUGUCCACAAAAUGAAUCAGAAAAUCCGAUUUGUCUCGUAUGACCGCAUAUUUUUGGUCAUGGAUUUGGCCGACUCCAGUCUCAAACAGUUUAUUAAGGACGGUAAAGUCACUGAACAGAUGGCCACCAAAUUUGCAAAGAAUUUAUGCGACGGCAUGAAUUAUAUGCAUAACGAGGGUGUCAUUCAUAUGGACCCGCAUUGGGCGAAUGUACUGGUGUUUGGCGACUACCAAAACCCCGAUACCUUAGUGGCCAAAUGGACGGACUUUGAUCUGAGUUUAUCAAGGUCAGUGUGCCAACAGUGGGGCGUCACUAUUGAUGCCAAGGAGUUUGAAUACUAUCGCAGGAAAGAUUACAAGCGUAUGGCCUUAUGUACUAUCGACGAGUUGGCCAAAUAUGCGGAUGUGUUGAAGCAAUUGUCACAACAAUUAAUAGAGGUGAUCCGAAGACAGUUUGCAGAGAGCACUCCAUCGGGCGAUACAAUGGCCUUAAAGCGGAUCCACAAAGAGUUGACAGAACUUCAAAGAGAUCCGCCGCCGGGCUGUACGGCCGCACCCAAUGGCACCGACUAUUUCCAGUGGUCGGGCAGUAUUGAGGGCCCGCCGGACACCCCCUACGAGGGCGGACUGUUUAAUGUGCAAAUCAAUUUCCCGGCCAAUUACCCGCUGAGUGCACCACAAAUCGCAUUCACAACAAAGAUAUUUCACCCGAACGUCAGUGACUUCGGGCAGAUUUGUUUGGACACAUUGAAGCGGAACUGGAGCGCCGGUCUCAGCAUUGGUAAAGUGCUUCUGUCUGUGCAGUCAUUGUUGGCCGACCCGAACCCCAACGACCCCUACAACGGCACGGCUGCGCGCAUGUAUCUCAGGGAUCGGCCAAAGUUCAACAAAACGGCCCGACAUUGGACUCUACAGCACGCAUACCCUCCGCCCGACUAUGUGUUCACCACUACUCAGACCACUACCACUUCGGUUAACAAUCAGGACAGCGCCGGUACGGGUGGGUCCGGUAGCAGUGGGUAG